AUGACUACCCCACAGUCUAAGGGCCGCGCGGGCAUCUCUGAAGUCCAGAAAAAAGCCCUUCGUGCCUGGUCCCAGUCGCAACAACCUCGUCCAACCCAUGCAUCCUGUAUUGCCUGGUUCCAGCAGACCUAUAACCGGCGACUGACUCAAUCCAGUAUCUCGCUCAUUUUAUCCAAAAAAUACGAUUACCUUGACAUUAGACCGGCAUCCUCCUCGCUCCGACAGCAACCACCACAGUGGCCUGCCUUGGAACAGCCGUUGUCCGAGUGGCUGAAAAAGGCCCGGGAGAAUGGCGAACCAGUCACCGGCGAGGUCAUCUGCAACAAGGCUCGCAAGAUUUGGCCCCAAAUCACCGAAUAUGCUAGUCAUCCGGUACCUCAGUUCAGCCAAGGCUGGUUAUCGAAAUUCAAAAGACGUUUCGAAGCUGGCUUAAGCGAGGGCCAACAUGACGGUGCCCUCCCAGCAGCUCCACCGAACCAGCGCAAAGAGCUGCAGGCACUGCGGACAAUCUGCGGAGAGUUCAAGGAAGAGGAUAUCUAUAACAUGGACGAGACUGGUCUAUUGUGGCGCAAAGCACCCUUCGAUGCUCUUCCUGCUGCCCCAAACGAACUCAGAAAAGACCGGGCGCAUAUCUGUUUGAUUGUGUGCACGAACUGUACUGGGUCUGAUCGGAUUCCUAUUUGGGCGAUUGGCCACAAGGAGAUGCCCAAUGCUCUUCGCGGCGUCAAUCUCAAGGCUAUGGGGUGCGAGUGGCGCUAUAACAGACAGGCUUGGCUGGACACUCGAAUCAUGUCGGAGUGGUUGACAAUGUUUUAUGAGCAUAUCGGCUCCCGGCGAGUUCUGCUGUUCCUGGACAACUUCCAUGCCCACGAAGCUGCCCUGGAAAGUACACCCCCACCGCCAAAUAUACACAUCCAGACGUUUCCUGCAAACAGCCCGAAAGAGCAUCAGCCCCUUCGCCUCGGAAUAAUCCACCAUCUCAAACAGCAUUACCGCAAACAGUGGCUUGGAUAUCUCUUAGCCGGCUUUGAUUCUGGCCAAAGCCCGAUGCAAAUGAUGAGUCUUUAUCACGCCCUCUGCUGGAUAACGCGCAACUGGCGACAUGAUGUUGGGAACGGGACUGUCUACAAAGCGUUUCGCAAAAGCACACUUGUUGAUCCCCCAAUUCAGUACUUGACUGCGCCAAAGCUGCCUGAUAUGACCGAUAUCUAUAACAAAGUUAUCAGGUAUAACCGAGGUGGUCUUUCCACGAAGACCCUUGAAGAGUGGCUAAACCCUGUAGAGGAGGAGUUUAUUGAUCAGGCAGAUGACACAACUUGGUUCAACCCAACCGUGGAUACUUCUACUCUUGAUGAGCCAGUCAUUCAUCUUCCACCGCAAGAGUUCAUUCCUAUGCCAGGGGAAGCCAUCUCGGGCAUUCAGACAGCUAUGCGAUACCUGCUGCAUCAGCAGACAACUACUGCAAACGAUAUCCUAUACCUGGAGACAAUGGAGAAAGUAUUAAGAAGGAAGUUGAUGAAUGAUGAGCAUCAGCGGCAGCACCACGCCGCUGCUCAACUUCAGACUCAAUCGCCUGCUCAAGCACCUAUUCGGAUACCGGGGCCAGCAAUAACGGAGCGAUCAUCUUCAUCGCCUGCUGAACCGGCAUUUGAAUUGUCUGUUCAAACACCGACUCGAGAACCAGCUCAUGCCGCAUAUAUGGAAGUUCAAAUUCCUCCUCCGUCACCAAAACCAGCCCAGGCUUCAAUCCAAGCGCCAACUCAACAGACAACCCAGCCACUAUCUGACGUGUCAACUCUAGCGCCAGCCACAGGACCAUUGAAGGAGCCAUCAGAAGGAGUAUCGUACCAACCACCGAGAAACCAAUCAAAAGCGGGCUCAGAUGAGGACAUGGAGAUGUAA